CCGGCCACCAGAUCAGAUCAUUAUUGCCGACAGCUGUCUUGUGAUUCUCGCUUCUACUCCCCAUUUUUCGGCCUACAGCUUACCGUCGCUUCGUUUGAUUCCCCUUACAUUCAUUCGGCCUCGCCCCAUCUCUACUUCGCCACUUCCGCACCCUGACGUUAUUCCUAAUCAACCCCCUCAAAUCCGCCGCGGACAGUGCUUCUUUCCUCGCGACCCACGAAUUUCGCACCUCGAGUGUUCGGAACGGAGGUUAUUCUCAACACUGAAAUCCUUACGACUAGGUAGGAGCCCGACGGCCACCCUGCCAACAUGGCAACCAAUGGCCACUUUGCCGCCAUAGGGGUCGAAGGUAGCGAUGAGACGGCCUACGAGCAUGGCGUGCAAGUGAUCGACGGGGACAAGGAAUUCAAUCCGAAUUUGUCCCAGUACUUGGGAAUCGAGAAUGUCACCCCCGCCGGCUUCAACUACCACCUUAUCUCGGUCUUCGGCUCGCAGUCGACCGGUAAAUCCACCCUGCUCAACCAUCUCUUCGGCACCCAUUUCUCGGUCAUGUCCGAGCUGGAGAGACGACAGACCACCAAGGGUAUCUGGAUGUCCAAGAACAAGAAUGAUGAAUCCACGAUGGCAGACAACAUCCUAGUUAUGGAUGUCGAGGGUACUGAUGGCCGCGAGAGAGGCGAGGACCAGGACUUUGAGCGCAAGUCCGCCCUCUUUGCGCUGGCGACAAGUGAAGUCCUUAUUGUCAACAUCUGGGAGCACCAGGUCGGUCUGUACCAAGGCGCAAACAUGGGACUACUCAAAACUGUGUUUGAGGUCAACCUGCAGCUGUUUUUGAAGGACAAGAAUACCACCCACCGAUCCCUCCUGUUUUUCGUCAUUCGUGACUUCGUCGGCACCACACCACUCAAGAACCUGGAAAAGACCCUGAUGGAAGAUAUGUCCCGCUUGUGGGAUUCGAUAUCCAAGCCCCCCGGCCUGGAGAAUGCGAACGUACAUGAAUACUUCGACUUCCAGUUCUAUGGCCUUCCGCAUAAAAGCUACCAGCCGGAGCAGUUUGUGACCGAGACGAAGAAGCUAAGUUUGCGCUUCCGGGACGGCCAGAAGGACCCCAGCUUGGAUGCCCAGAAGGGCGAGUUCUCCGAAGGAGGCGUGUUCCUCCCGGAGUAUCACAGACGCAUCCCGGCGGAUGGAUUCUCAAGAUACGCAGAGGGGAUUUGGGAACAAAUCGUCCACAAUAAGGAUCUAGAUCUUCCCACACAGCAAGAAUUACUGGCGCAAUUCCGUUGCGACGAGAUCCUGAGGGACGUUAUGGUUGCGUUCGAUGAAGCCAUCAUUCCGUUCGAAGACAAGCAGUCUCAAGCCUCUCGUCUCGGUGAGCCCGAGAUCCUUGGAGGUUUAGGAGCUGCGAUGCGAUCGUCGCGAUCCAAGGCCCUGAAGAACUUCGAGACUGCCGCCAGUCGGUACCACAAGGGCGUCUAUCAGCGCAAACGGGCCGAACUGGAAGGCAAGGUCGAUACUCGUCUGAAGGCACUGUUCCAAGGCCAGCUCAACGCAACCCACAAGUCCGGCAUCAGCGAGUUCAGCGAGGCAGUGUCUUCGGCAGUCAAGUCAGGACAGAAGAAGGGCACUGGCUACGACUUUGCCGAGAUUGUCAACGAGGAGACGCAGAAGGCAAUGGAGAAAUUUGAAGAAGUUGCACGUGCCACCGUGAUGGAGGGUACCUCCUGGAGUGACUACAAGCAGGAAUUGGCCCUGUAUGAAAAAGAGCUCGCCGAAGUUAGUGCUCGGCUGCGACGGGAUGAGAUGCGACGCCUGGCGACCCGGGUUGAGCGGUGGGUUCAUUCCCGCCUGGGCGAGUCUGUAGGCCUCGAGUUCAACGCGCUGGGCUCGGGUCGGGCUGGUGGCGGUGCUCCGGAAGCCGGCGACAAGCCGAUCGAGAAGCAGUUCUGGGAUCGGGUGUGGAACGUGUUUGUCGAAACGGUUCUUGACGCCGAGCGCAGAUUCACCGACCGCGCUAGCAGCUUCGAUGCCAGCUUGGAGGAGGUCGAUGUUGGUCUCUGGAGGCUCCGAAGGAAGUCGUGGGGCGUACUGCGUGCGAAGAUCGACGAGGAGAUGAUCGAGGGUAACUUGUUACUGAAGCUUCGCGAGAACUUCGAGGACAAGUUCCGCUACGACGAGGCCGGAGUCCCCAGAAUCUGGCGUCCCACCGACGACAUCGAAGGCAUCUACACUCGCGCUCGUGAAUCGACCCUCACCCUGAUCCCGCUCCUUUCCAAAUUCCGUCUGGCCGAGACGUCUGCUGCACCUCCGCUGGACCGCUGGGUUGGACAUACGCCCAGCUCUGCCACCGCGGCCGACGAGGAAGACUUGCCGCCCAUUGGCGGAGUUGAUGAAGAAGAGGGCAAGAGUCUGGAGGAAGAGAUGACCAUCCUUAGCGAUGCGAAGCGACAGGAGCUCACCGUCCGGUUCAAGAAGGCCGCAGACGGCGUGUACGUCGAGGCGAAACGCAGCGCCAUCGGCGGCAUGACGCAAGUUCCCCUGUACUUUUACGGUAUUCUCCUUGCCCUCGGCUGGAACGAGAUCCUGACUGUUCUCCGUAACCCGGCUUACUUCUUCCUGCUCUUUGUCUGCGCGAUCGGAGCCUACGUGACCUACCAACUGAACCUGUGGGGCCCCAUCAUGAAGAUGACCGAAGCUGCGUCGAACCAGGCCUUGACCGAGGGCAAGAAGCGCCUGCGAGAGUUCCUCGAGUCGUCAGACACGGGGCGACAGGCCAUUGCCAUGUCGACCCCGGGAGGCAGCUCAGGACGCGCAGGGGAGCAGCACGAGAUGUCGAACCUCAACAAGCAGGGGAAGGUGGCGGAGGAGGAUGACUUGUAAGUUGCGAUGAAUAGAACUGUAUAAGGGUCGGGAUCGUGUCUUUUCUGUGUAUUGUUUACCUGCUGGAAUUUUAGCAUUUGACCGAGUAGAAGCGGUGCAUUCAUUGUCUGCGCAGAUAGAGAGAGAUUAAUGGAAUCGACGUCAUGUGUAGAAGAUGUGAGGCGUUGGCGUCGGACUUACUCCGCUGUUCCCCACUUCACGCCUUUCGCUUCUCCUCCUUUCUCUUCUUCAU